CGAGGGGCUCAAGGGGGACAUUCAGAGCAUGGUACAGCGGUUAUUCCACCAAGCAGCGAGACACCACUUCACCCUCUCACCUAGUCCCUCAUCCCUCCCUCUGAUCCUACGUCGCAACGUCAACAUGGUACCUGCCCCUUCUAACUCCCGACCGAUUGUCUUCUCAGGCCCUUCAGGCACGGGAAAGUCAACUUUGAUCAAGCGACUCUUCCAAAACCACCCAGACCUCUUCGGCUUCAGCGUCUCCCACACUACCCGUAAACCUCGCAAUGGAGAGGAAGAUGGCGUACAUUACCACUUCACUACGGUGGAGGAUUUCGAAAAGAUGAUUGCGGAAAAUGCCUUCGAGGAGCAUGCUAAAUUUGGGGGCAACUAUUAUGGAUCAUCCAAGAAAGCGGUGCAGGAUGUUGCAGAUGGAAAAGGCAAGAGUAUCGAUGGGACCACCGUGUCAGGAAAGAGAAUCUGCAUUUUUGACAUCGAGAUGGAAGGUGUCAAGCAGCUGAAGAAGAGCACAUUAAAUCCUAGGAUAUGCUUCAUUCAGCCUCCCAGCAUGGAAAUUCUGGAGCAGCGGCUACGCGGCAGAGGCGACACAGCAGAGGAUGCCAUCCAGAGAAGAUUGGCCCAGGCGAAGAAUGAGAUGGAAUACUGCAAACAGGAAGGCAAGAAUGACAAGGUCAUCAUCAAUGACGACCUCGACCGAACGUUUAACGAGCUGGACGAGUGGGUAAUGAAGGGCAUUUCUGCUUGAACGUUCGACUUGAAGUUUUGGUUACAGCGCAAUAGACAGCAUGGGCUUGCUUUACGAAAACAAAAGUGGGAAAAUUCGGUAGAGUAAUAGAUCGAGAUAUCAUGAGGAUCAAUUAUACCCCAG